ACGCGAUGUAAAACUUCAUUCUCGUCUCGUAUGACCCCUGUAAAUUACGAAUCGAGAUCCAUACCUGAUAAGUUGACUCACGAUCCAGUUCGCUUUCUAUAUUAGGAAAUUGUUCAUUGCUAGAGUAACCUGUUCCUUUUUAUUUUCAUCUAACAUCCCGCCUGUAAGGCGACGAAUCUAUUUUACUCUCUCGAGUGGCAUAUUCCACGAGAAAUCUAAUAGAUUUGACACAUUCUCCACGCAUAACGAACAUAGAAGAUUCGUGAAAAAUGACGAAUCUGUCAACACAAAUCACGAAUCGUCAAAUUUAACCCAUCCGUUUUCAAAACUUCAUCAACGAGUUCAUACUAUACGUUUUUUCUUGAUGAAUCUUCGUUUCACCAUUCGUAUCUUCAGUUUUCCUUCCAAAAUCGGAUGAAACUAUUUCAGAUUCGCUAUGAUGUCUGAGAAGGAGAAGACUUUUGAUGAACUAAUAGACAGAAAAAGAUUAAUCAGUUUGGUAGAACAGCGGCCAGCGCUGUGGAACAAGUUUCUGGAUAUUUACAAAGACAAAACUGCCAGAACGGAAGCAUGGAGGGAAAUAUGUAUGAUUUUAAACACAAAUUUUGAAGGAAUGAAGGAGGAGGAGAAACAGGUUUUUGGAAGAUGUGUUAUCAAACGAUGGACACAAAUAAGAGAUGCUUGGGUGAAAACUAUCAAUUCCCAAAGAAUUCUAAAGAAAUCUGCACCUGUCAGAUCGUACAGAUACCAUAAGCAGUUAAGUUUCCUGCAGGAAGUCGUCCAAGCAGACGAAAAUGCCCAAAACAUCGCCAAAAAACGAAGUCCAAGUCAGCUAAAUGUCCCAACAGAAAACAACGGUGAAAGUGUGGAAGUGGAUCAAAACGAACCCUAUAAUCAAAAUGAAAACGACGAGACGGAAGACAAUCAAGCAACAACCGAAACUUACAAAACAAGAUCGAUACCACCGAAUAAAAAGAAAAAAACAGUGAAUAUAUUGGACGAAAAGAUGAUCAGCUUCAUCGACCACGAACUCAAGCUGUCGAAGGAGAAGAUGAACGAGGAUAGAAACUUGUCGUUCUUCAAAAGCAUCCUGCCAUCCUUGAAAUUGUUCGACGACGACCAAACUUUGGAAUUUCAAAGUGGGGUCAUCAAUCUUGUGCAGACUAUAAAGCGGAGAGCUAACAGUUGGUCUCAAAGUUCUUCUCGGUAUCAGAACGAUUAUCAAGGGUAUUCGAAUAGGCAGGAUUUUAUGGAGUCACCAUCGGAAGCCUCCACUUCUACACAACGAGAUCAAAUGCAAUCACCAACAGCGACAUCUUCCAUUCCGGAGAAUGUUAAGCCGGAGAUCAUCGAAUGGGAUCAGGAUUUGGAGAUGUAAAUGUAUUUUUAGGUUUUCAAUGGAAUCAAAUGUGUUUUUGUUGAAAAACUAGGCUUUUAAUACAUCUGUUUUGAUGUAUUGAAAAAAGUAAGUCAAUUUCAAACAUAGUUUUAUUAUGUUGUUCGAAAUGUAUUCUGAACUUUUGUAUUGAAUAAACUAUAGUAUUAUUA